GAGUGGCCGGGCGAGUGGUGAAUGGUGCUUCGUUCGCCCACUUCUCAGUUGGCAACCCUCGCCCCGUGUGUCAAGUGCGGCCACUCCUCCACCUCUCAGUCAUCGCAUCUCACUGGAGUGGGUAUCACGCUGCUUGUGCCGCGAGCCCUGGUCACUUGACAAGUUGAUAUAUCCUCGGCCCUUCAGUAUGGGCAAGUGACAGUCCAUCCUAUCAGUGAACGCCAAGAGCAAGUCGCUACUACUCCUCUACGCGCCAAAACACGGGGCGUCAGCUGGCAAGGUGUGAGAAGAUACACAUUGACGCGGAUUUGAUAUAUGAGAGCCACGUUAAGACGCACCAAAGAAAAGUUAGAUUUAUGAACCCUUCCGAAGAUUCAAGCAUUUAGCUGGUGAGCGCGCCAUUGGACUAUUAUUAACAUAUCGUAAAGCACCACACUGACAGGCGAGGGAGAGAGGUGAACGUGGGUACACCAGUAGACUAAUCAGCUCCCAGGUGUUACGCUGAGGAGGCACCCAGAAGUAGCCGCCCCUGUGUUUCACCUGUCCCCUGGGAUAAGCCGCUGCCAUGGGGAAUGCGUGCUCGUGCUGCAAGGAGGGCGGGUGCUGGCCAUGGGCGUACCCGAAGAAGCCCAAUUUGCCCAAUAAGCCCGAGCCCGUGGACCGCCCGAAGCCCGUGACGCCAUGCCUCAGCGAAGUGGACGGCAUUCUGGCAGUGUGCGAGUGGGGGCUACGGGUCGCGGAGAACGGGGCGGCCCACCACACCGACCAGUAUGACCUGAUGAAGGGUGAUGUGCCCCGCCUGGUGGUGCGCCGCGGCCAGCCCUUCACCCUCGUCCUGCACACCAGCAAACCGUACAAGGACGACGCCCACAAGAUCUCCCUCGUCUUCUCCGUCAAGGACGCCACGAACCCCAACUUCGGCAACAACACGCUGGUGGGGGUGUGCGUGGGGCUCGAACCGGUGAACGGGUGGUCGGCGAGCGUCAUCUGCACCACGGACAAGGACGUCACCCUCACCGUCACCACAUCCCCCUCGGCCGUGGUGGGGGAGUGGCAGGUGGAGGCGGACAUCAAGAGUGAGGGCAAGAACCACUCCUACCCCUGCCCGGAGCCCAUCUACCUCCUCUUCAACCCCUGGUGCCAAGAGGACGGCGUGUACCUGGAGAAGGAGGCGGAGCGGCAGGAGUACGUUCUCAGUGACUCUGGCCUCAUCUGGCGCGGCACGGCAAAAAGGCUGCGGCCAUGCCCUUGGAACUUCGCCCAGUACGAGAAGGACGUGCUGCCGUGCGUGCUGGAGGUCCUGACGUCCGUGUGCAAGAUGACCGCGGCGCACAGGAACGACCCAGUCAAAGUGUCCCGCGUCAUCUCCGCCGGGAUCAACUCUCCAGACGACUCCGGGGUGCUGGUGGGCAACUGGAGCGACGACUACAGCGGGGGCGUGUCGCCGACCAAGUGGGGAGGGUCGCAGCGCAUCCUCCAGGAGUACUACAAGACCAAGAAGCCCGUCAAGUAUGGCCAGUGCUGGGUGUUCUCCGGCGUGGUGACCUCAGCCUGCCGCGCCCUGGGUCUGCCUUGUCGCUCCAUCACCAACUUCUCCUCGGCGCACGACACCCACGGCUCCCUCACCAUCGACUACUUCUUCGACGACGAGUGUGAGGCCAUCGAGAAGCUCAACAGCGACUCAGUGUGGAACUUUCAUGUGUGGAACGAGGUGUGGAUGACGCGACCUGACCUGGGCGAGGAGUACGACGGGUGGCAGGUGGUGGACGCGACGCCGCAGGAGGAGAGCGACGGCCAGUACCGCUGCGGCCCCGCCUCGCUCAAGGCCAUCAAGGCGGGCCAGGUCAACAAGCCCUUCGACAUACCGUUCGUCUUCGCGGAGGUCAACGCCGACAAGCUCUAUUGGAAGUACCGCGGCCCCUGCCAGCCCAUGAAGCUCCUGGGGUGCAUGACUGACGGCAUCGGCCAGUUCCUGAGCACCAAGGCCGUGGGGAAGUAUGCGCGGGAGGACGUGACACACCUUUACAAGUACGAGGAAGCGUCUAAGGAGGAGCGGGAGGUGAUGAAGAACGCCCUGAGGCUCUGUGAGAACACCUUCGCGCGCUACUACCUCAACGAGGAGAUCGAGGACGUUGAGUUUGACUUCAAGAUGAACGACGACAUUGUGAUCGGCCAGCCAUUCACGUCGUCGGUGGAGGUACACAACAAGGGGGAGAAGCAGCACCAGGUGGAGUUGGUGCUGCGGGCUGACACGGUGCUGUACACGGGCACCACCAAGCACCCGGUCAAGACGCUCAAGAAACAACUCACGAUGCACCCCUAUUCCAAGGAGACGGUGACGCUGGAGGUGAGCUUCGACGAGUACUACAAGAAGCUGACGGACCAGUGCGCCUUCAAGCUCUCGUGCCUCGGCAAGGUGGAGCAGACAGGCCACGAGUACUUCGCGCAGGAUGACUUCCGCUGCAGAAAGCCUGACAUCAAGAUCGAGUACGAGGGCUGCAUGGAGGCGGACAAGGAGUGUGUGUGCCACGCCUACUUCAAGAACCCCCUGCCGAUGCCCCUCACCCGCGGCUGGUUCAGCAUCCAGGGCGCGGGGCUCACCGACGUGCAGUUCCUCAAACACAAGGAGACGGUGCCGGUGGGCGGCGAGGUGCGGUGCCAGUUCUCGGUGAAGCCCAAGUCGACGGGGGAGCGGACGCUCUGCGUCAUGUUCGACUCCAAGGAGCUGGAGGACGUGGACGGCAUGCUGACGGUGGUUGUGGCGACAGCAGGUGGUGCCGCCCCUGUAACCAACGCCACCGCCGAGACGUCCCUCACAGAGACCGCGGGCGAGGCCUAAAUGAGGAGGAGGAAGAAGAGGAAGAGGAAGAGGAGGAGAGAGGGCCAGGAAGAAUUUUAGUUAGUGUCUUCCUUCCCCCUUUCCUUCACAUCUUUUUCACUUUCUCUUUAUGCUCUCCUUUCCUCUUUUUAUAUGUUCCCUUCAUCCUUUCGUUUUUUAUUCUUUAUCUUUUCUAUCCCCCUCCAUCCUUUCGGCUUUUUGUCCCCAUCCCUCUUUUCGGCAUUUUUCUUCAUCCCUCAUUUUUUUAUAUCUUUAGUUCCUUCGUCUCCCUCUGUUAUUAAUAUUCUUGCCGUCCUUCAUGUCACUCUCACGUCCUUUUUUUCCCUCUCCUUUUUACCUCAUUUUCGUCCCUCUUCCUUAUUCAACUCAGUUCCUCCCUCCCUCUUUUUGUUCACCUUUGUCCCUCACUCUCCCUUUCUACUUUUUUGCCGCCUCCCUUCACCUCCCUCCCUCGUUUCUCUUCCUCUUUGCCCCUACCAUGAUAAUCUCUCUUCUUACCACACAUUUCCUUCCUUCCUUAUUUUCCCGUAAGACAAAGGGUUGUAUGACCUGAUGCUACACACAGCCAAUGAGCCAAACCGUACAGACAAUUAGACGCAGACAGACAGACAGACUGGAAGAGGAGUCACGACCCAGCCAUGGAGAGCAAGACAAGAGGGCAUGACGAGGACGAGAACGAGGAGGAGGAGGAGGAGGAGGAGAACGAUGACUACCAAGGAAGUGCUACAUAACACACACUGCCCAAGUCAUGAAGGAAGGGUUUAAGAAAAAGAAAAAGAGAAAAUAAUAAAAAAUGUGACAUGUUUACUGUUUCCGUGUGUCGUCUACUUGUCAACGCCAUUUUUUAUACGUGUCUGCUUUUUAUUUUUUAUUUAUCUAUUUUUUUUUACAUCUGUACGUAGAAGAGUUAGCUUUCAUAUUGUUAUUUUUUUCUGUUGUUGCCAAUGAUGUCGAGCUUUAAUAGCAUACAUAAAUAUGUCUUUGAUGUAUCAGAUCGCUUCCUAUAAUAAGUUGAAAUAGAUGCCCCGUUACUUCGCUUUAUGUCCAAGGAGGAGGAGGAAAUGGAGGAGGUGGAGGAGGAGGAUGGCGUGAGAGAAAGAAUAUUAGUUGCGUGUCUCCCUCCCUCCCUCCUUUCCUUCCCUCCGUCACACACUCCCCUUCUCUCUCACCUUUUAUUAUCCUUUCAAGCCUUCGUUUCCUUUGUUCCUUCCCACCUUUCGCUCCCUUUUUUAACGUUUCCCCCUUUUUUAACCUCCCUUUUAUAUCAUUAUCCUCACCUUCCAAUAAGUGUGUACUGUAUAUGCAUGGGAGCGUUUUAAGUGCAUGAAAGUGUUAAUGGAAAUGUUUGACUAUGACGAGUGUGAAAAUAUUUUUGUAAGACAGCCGACGAGCCGUUUCUUGACCUAGUCUUAACAACGGAAGCCAGCGCGGGACAGGAACCUCAAGAGACCCUCAGAUUUAGGCCUCAUCCACCUUUCAAGUAGAACCUUAGCCGAGGAGAAAGGUAGGAGAGGCUAAGUUUAGGUUCCGUUAAAGCUGAAAGAUCGUAAAUUUGUAUGUGUUUUCCUUGUUGUCUUGUAUGUUCAUUUUUGUAUGCAGUAUUAUUAAUGUUAACUUAUGUACCAUUUCAGAUACCUUUAUGAAUAAAUAUACUUGUGAA